AUGGAACAAGAGUUUCAAGAAGAAAUAAAAGCUUUUUUAAAAGACAAAGUAGUUGAAAAUAUAAAUACUAAUGGAAUGACUAAAAUUAAGAAAGAUGAAGAUUUAAAAUACUUUGAACGAAUUCAAAGAAACAAUCUAAUUGAUAGAGUGAAGACAAAAUCAAUACCAAAGAAUAAAGUCUAUAAGACAAAAACAGACAAGAAAAUUUCUAAACAAAAAAUAUCGGUUGAUAAGAAAAAGAAAAGAGUAGCAAAAGAAUUACUCACUGAAGACAAGAAAAUGACUUCUAAAUACUCAAAACUUAAAAAAAUAGUUGGUUCAAAUAAAUCGGUUGCUAAGAAAAGGAGUAAAUAA